CCCACAAUUUUAAAGAGAUCAUAUAAAAAAACCUUCAUACAAAAUCAAAAAACACAUAGUAAGCGUGCGCUGGCCUCUUUGAGCUCAAUGAUGAUGUUGGGGAGGCAGAUAAGAUUGAAUUUGUAGAGAAAGAGGGAGAAUGAUAAUGGCAACGGCAACAAUGUCUGUGAAUCUUACUCCCAAUCUGGUGGCAUCAUUUACCAGUGGUAAUAGGCCAUGGAAUCAUAGUUUUAAUACUAACACCGCAACAAUUGGCUAUAAUGGCGCUACUGUACUUGCCUGGAAGCAAAGGCUAAAAUUUAUCUGUGGUACAUUCCAAAGACGGAGGCCGCGUUUUGAAUGCAGAGCAUCCGUCGACGAGAAUGAUAAUGAUCAGGAAGGCAGGGAUCUGGAUGAUAGCAGUCAAAAGGCAUCCCCUUCUGUGGACUCUGAUAAGAAUACUGUUGUGAACAUUGAAAUGGAACAGGAUGAGAUUGAUGCUUCAAAAGUAACAAGUGGAUCCCCACUUCCAGGAGUUAAGCCACCCAGUGAACCUGUAAAAAUUCCAAAGGCAACGUUGGACAUUCUCAGGGAUCAAGUGUUUGGCUUUGACACAUUUUUUGUUACAGGCCAGGAACCAUAUGAGGGUGGAGUCUUGUUUAAAGGGAAUCUUCGUGGUGAAGCAACUAAUAGCUAUGCAAAACUAACCAAGAGAUUACAGGAAAGGUUUGGGGAACAGUACAAACUUUAUCUUCUGGUGAAUCCUGAAGAUGACAGGCCCAUUGCAGUGGUUGUCCCUAAGGAAUCAUUACAGGCAGAGCCAACUGCUGUACCAGAAUGGUUUGCAGCAUCUGCGUUUGGAUUGGUGACUGUAUUCACUAUUCUACUCCGAAAUGCACCUGCUCUCCAACUGAACUUGUUGUCCUCUUUUGGAAAUAUUGGACUAUUGGAGGAAGGCCUUCCCGGUGCAUUGAUCACAGUUGCAAUAUUGGGAGCACAUGAAAUUGGUCAUAUUCUUGUGGCAAGAAAAGUUGGUGCAGAUCUUGGUGUGCCUUAUUUUGUUCCCAGCUGGCAGAUAGGCUCAUUUGGCGCUAUUACAAGGAUAAAAAAUGCAUUGUCCAACCGAAAAGAUUUGCUCCAAUUUGCAGCUGCAGGGCCUUUGGCUGGAUUCUCCUUGGCUUUUGCAAUUCUACUAGCAGGGUUCAUCUUACCUCCAAGUAAUGGUCAAGAGGUCAUAGUUGAUGCGUCUGUUUUCCACGAUUCUUUCCUUGUUGGCGGUAUAGCUAAACUCAUUUUAGGAGAUGUUCUGAAAGAAGGGACUAAAGUGGCUGUCAAUCCUCUUGUUACAUGGGCAUGGUCUGGACUUCUUAUCAAUGCCCUAAAUAGUAUUCCUGCUGGGGAGCUUGAUGGGGGUCGGAUUUCAUUAGCACUAUGGGGAAGAAAGGUGUGGUCACGACUUACUGCUGCAUCAAUAGCAUUACUUGGUUUCUCAGCUUUGUUCAACGAUGUUGCAUUUUAUUGGGUUGUAUUAAUCGUAUUCUUGCAAAGGGGCCCUAUUUCUCCUCAAUUAGAAGAGAUUUCUCAACCUGAUAACAAAGGUUUUUUCUUAGGUAUAACAGUUUUAGUUUUAGGGUUGCUUAUAUGUUUACCGUUUCCUUUUCCCUUUGUUUCAGAUAAUAUGCUAUAAACAUUGAAUUGCAGAACAUGUUUUGUACGAGUAUCUCCAAUCAUGAAGCUUCUAUUUAUUUACAAAUGUACAGUUUUCGUGUGAUAAAUAUUACUUGCUACAGGCAUUCUUUAAAUAACUUUCUAAAUGGGUAGGAUUGACUCCAAUCAUGAAGUUUCUAUUUGUA